UUACCAUGGCGACAUGUCUAGAGGAGGGGGUUGUCUUCAUUUACUCUUCGUCUGCGAUCUGUAUAGGUUGUUAAUGUCGUCUAGGGGGAUAAAUCUUAACCAUUUUACUCAGAAAAUGAUCCCUAAUCCGGUUUCGACUUGCUAAACGUAUUCUGGGGCGACUUUUUUUUUGCCGCGAGUUUCUGCAGUACGGAUUCGCAGCUCGACUUUACUGAAUAUGAUCACGAUUCUCUUCUACUUUAACGCUUUAAAUUGGGAUAUAUUUCGCUAUCGCUAUCGAACAUUUAGUAUUUAUUCGUUUCUACCUUAAUAAAUAGUUUAAGUAUUGGAAUCUUAACAUGUCUGGAUCGUGGAACGUGUCUGUUGUGCAACAGCUGUUCGUAGCUCUUGCUACUAGAGACAAGAGAGUCAGAGAACAGACUCUAGAAUAUAUUGUUAGGAAAUUGGAAGAAUGGACUAAAGAACCCAAAGCUGCAUUCGAUCGUUUGAACGAACUGGUGGAUUCUGAUCAUCGUUUCUACGACGUUGCUCAUGGAAACUGUGUGCCAAAAUUACUCGAUCAUCUCCCUUAUUUGCUGAUGCUUUCCAUUCAAUGCCCCUUCACUGAUGUUAGAGAAAAAUGCACUCUAAUUCUUGAGAUUUUGCAGCUAAUGGGGAUAUUAGCCAGUAUACAUCUAAAGUUGUCAACACAUAAUAAAGGGGUGAAGGUGCCAAAACCCGUAUCCAUCGGACCCAGUUCUUUCAUACCAACCAAAGAGGUGCUGUCGCCCUACUCGGACAACCCCGAAAUACAGCUGUUGUUCAUCGAAGCUUUUCUCCAGAAUAAUAGACUAGAUCACAUUACACAAGUUAUAGGCCAUCAUCCACAUUAUCUGGAAUUAUUUCUCAGAACGCAACACUUUAUUUUAAAAGGAGAUGGCCCGUUGCCAUAUGAUUAUAGGCAUUAUAUUGCAAUUAUGGCUGCAGCGAGGCAUCGUUGUACCACUUUAGUUAAUUUGCAAAAACAAGAAUUUCUCCUUCAACAAGGUAACGAAAGAUGGUUACAAGGUUUGGACUACAUACCACAGAAACUUAAAGAUUUAGCAGAAAUAAAUAAAAUAUUGGCUCAUCAGCCAUGGCUCAUCAACAGAACACAUAUAGAGAAAUUAACCAAAGGAAAAGAUAAUUGGUCAUUAUCUGAAGUGGUUCAUGCCAUAGUUAUAUUAGCUCAUUUCCACUCCCUGUGCAGUUUUAUCUUUGGAUCAGGCGUGAGUGCCGAAAUUGAUCAAGAAGAAGGUCAUACAUUCCAGCCAAUAAAUAUCAGCGACAAUGGUGCAAUAGAAGUUGAUGGAUGUGAAAAUUCACAUGUUACUUAUGAAAAAGAAAGUAGUGUCGAAGAAAUCAUGCAAAAGAUGAGAUAUAUCUUAGAACAACGGACUCAAAAACCAAAUAAAGAAGAAAGAAUGAAGUGUUUUGAACGUGUGGAGAGUCAAAAUGCUGAACUACCCGCUGGAGUAGAUUAUUGCUCAUCGCUUACGACUGAUCUUACAAGGUUUAUGGACGAUCCUGAUUUUACAUAUCAAGAUUUUGCAAGAAGAGGAGAGGUUUCAGAAAUAUCCACUUUUAGAAUACAGGAUUAUUCAUGGGAUGAUCACGGUUAUUCUUUAGUUAAUAGACUAUAUAACGAUGUUGGAGUCUUACUAGACGAGAAAUUCAAAAAAGCAUAUAAUCUUACUUACAAUACAAUGGGAGUAAAAAAUAAUGUCGACACAUCCAUGUUUAGACGUGCCAUAUGGAACUAUAUCCAAUGCAUCUACGGAAUCAGACACGAUGACUACGAUUAUAGAGAAGUUAAUGAACUUUUAGAGCGAAAUUUGAAAACAUUCAUUAAGACUGUUUGUUGUUAUCCGAACAGAACAACUAAAUCUCAGUAUGACAGUGUAAUGAAAGGAUUUAAACAUUCGGAAAAGGUUCACGUUAAUUUAAUGAUGUUGGAAGCUCGAAUGCAAGCGGAAUUACUAUACGCGCUUCGUGCCAUUACCCAUUAUAUGACAUGAUCCUGGGAUGUGUCACCAUUCCAUCAUAGUCAUUACUUUGGCUCCGAUUAUUUACUAUCAUUACUGCUAAUAGGACCAGUUAAGAGAAGGGGCUGAUUUACCAGGUUCUGUUGAAAAAUUGGUCGAGUGACCACUAUGUAGUAUAUGUCGCGUCCAAUCUAGUUUGCAUAUUGGAAAGUUGUAAGUAGACACUCGGUUUCUUAAAACGUAAGAUCUGUUUAAAGUCGUACAUUUUUCCUUUGGUCAUCAUUGUAUAGAAGAAAAUUAUAUUAGCAAUUCAGUUUGCAGUAGCUUUUUGUCUUUUAUUUUUUUUUCUUUCAAACCUGUGUAUUUAACUUUUUUUUAAUUAGUGAAACAUGAUUUGUAACAGAAAAAAAGAUAAAAAAAAAUCUUUUAAGCAAUAACUUUAAAAAAUUUUAUAUACAUUAUAUAUAUAUCUGUAUAUUUUUUGCUUUUUGGUUAUUAUAUGCGUAUGGAUCGAACCAUUUGAAAUUUGUCAGAAUUUACAAUUUCGAAAAUGAUAAAAUGUAAUGUUUUGUAAUUUGUCAUCUUUUGUACUGUAUUGUAGAGUGGGGUUUAGUACAUUUAAUAAGGAAAUGGUAAUAUGGUAGUGUAUGCGACUAAAGUAUGGUUGGCAAUUGCUUUAUGAAAUCAUUCCCCAUCCUCGUACGGUAGCAGGAUGCUCCUUUACAAAAGGACUGCCGUUACCUAAUAUAGAUCAAAAAAAUUUAUACUCUAUAAUAUACAUUAGUCGAGUGUUCUGGUGGGCAUUCCAUUACCAAACAGUCAAUCCAUUUGUCGGUUCGAUUUCUACAGUAAUUAUUUCUUGCAGGUUUCCACUUAACUUGGUCAUGGACUUGCCGAUCAGAAACUCGUCGUUGUGUAAAGUUUAAGCAUCGACAUGUUAUACAUGUGUAUCUCCAAAAGUCACUUUAUAUGUAAAAGCAGCCAAAGUAUUAUUAUUCGGUAGGAACCGCAUUAUUAAAAUGGUUGCGAUUACCUAUCGUUUACUGCAAACUUCGAGUAGUUUCCAUUCUAGUCCCAUUCUGUGAUCUAUCUUUUUAUUGUUUGUAUUCCACCCAGUAAAAUAUUGUUUCGUUUCACUGCCCAUCCCACUCUGUAAAGAUCUGUUUAAGUUUGAGCUUAUUUUCUCAUUAAUUUUUUGUAUCGAAUCAUUUUUACAUAGAUCAGAUGAAAUAAAAAAAAUGUACAACCUGUUCUGAUGUAUAACAGUGUACUGUUUUUA